AUGAAGUUGGGUAUGUUGAAGCUGAUGAGUGGUAUCCUUGAAGAGAUCGGAGAAGGUCAGAGAUCUGAUUUGAGUUUGAUAGAUUGUCUCGCAUUAAUCGACCAAAGUAAUGGAUGUGAUUUCCGAGUUGAUGAAAAUGGUGUGAUGAUGUUCAGAGAUAGAAUUUAUAUUUCUGAUGUACCCGAAGCUACGAGGAGUAUUCUUGAGAAGGGUCACAGAAGUGGAUUAAGUAUUCAUCCUGAUUUACCAAAGACUUCAAAGGGAUGCGAUUCAAUUUGGGUGAUUGUGGAUAGAUUGACCAAAUCGACUCAUUUUGUACCGAUGAGGAUCAAUUAUCCUUUGCAGAAGCUAGAUGGAUUGUAUAUUGAUGAGAUUGUGAAGCUGCAUGGUAAUCCUUCAAAUAUUAUGUCAGAUAGAGAUCCGAUAUUUACAUCAAGGUUUUGGGAGAGUCUGCAGGCUACUUUGGGUACUAAGCUAAAGUUAAGUUCUUCUUAUCUUACGUAG